AUGAGGAGGGGAGGGAGGAUUGGCUCAAGGUGCAGUGGUACUGGUAACCGACAUGUCCGUGUGAAAAGUAUGGAAUCUGAGGAUUCUGAUGAGGACUACGUGGCUGAAGUUGAUGAAAUAGAUGAUCAAUCUGAUGAGUUAGACUCCUUAGUUGGAGACGCUUCUGAGGAAGAGAGUUGCUUUGAGCCGGAGGUGGAAGCGGAGGAGGAGGAGGAUGAAGAGGAAGAGAAAAAUGAGGGAGGGUGGAGAAGAGUGGUAAAGCCAAGGACUAAGAAGGGAUCUGCAAGGCAUAGGAAAAAUGGUAUAAAAAGACCAAACAAGAGGAAGAGAGUUGUUAAAUCUGACGAUGAAGAAGAUAAUGAUUAUGACGAUGAGGAGUUUACACCAGAGGAGGAAUAUUUGGAGGAUGAGGAAGAGGAUGAGGACUUUUUGAUGCAGAAGACGAACACCAGGAAAAGAGGGAGGGCCACAUCCAAAACAAGAACUUCUAAACGUACAAAGACUAGAAGUUUAAGGAGGAGGACAAAAUCUGAUGGUGAUGAGGAAUUUACUGAGAAGGGUCCUACUCUGAGAGGUAGGACCCUGAGGAAACCUGUGCGUGGAAAGAAUAGGGUGACAAAUGGAACAGAUUCUGAUUACUGUUCUGAUUCAUCCGGUUACGAGUUCACUAUAUCUGAGGAAGAACGAGAACAAAUCAGAGAAGCUAACAGGAUUUGUGGAAGCCUGGCUCCGAACCUGAGGAGUUCAAGGAGAGUCCAAGAAGAUGAAGUUUUUCAUGAACCAAAAAAAACUUCUGCCAGGAAGGGCAAAGAGAAAGCAGAAUUUAAAAAGAUUGAUGUCGGUAGGCCUGUUUGUGGUAUAUGUUUAACAGAAGAAGGAAAGAAUACUGUCCGUGGGACAUUAAACUGUUGUAGCCACCAUUUCUGUUUUGCUUGCAUUUUCGAGUGGUCAAAAGUGGAAACACGUUGCCCACUGUGCAAACAGAGGUUUGUCUCAAUUAGUAAGCCUGGGAGAUGUGGUAAAGCAUUUGAUCUAAGGGAUACGGUGAUAUCAGUUCCAGAGCGUGAUCAGGUACUGUUUCCAAACAUUGACCCUUAA